UUUUUUGUGACUGUGGACGCGUUUUUGUUUGUGGUGUCUUGUAAGUUAAGUUUCGAGAAUUAAGUCGUCUUAUCAUAAAACGAAACCAAGCAUGGUUCGGCCAGGCUUGAUGCGCGGCGGCGGUCGCGGUGGUGGUAUGGGCAUGGGUAUGCGCGGUGUCCGGGGAGGUCCGUUUAUGAGCAAAAAGACCUUUCUGCCGCGCCAUCCGUUUGAUCUGACGCUCGCCGAGAUGGCAUUCCCCCGCGUACAACCGGUCCAGGAUGAUACGGUGCUGACGAAUGCGCUCCUGAAGCGCAGCCAGGAUCUCACCCCGACCGCCCAAGAACAGACGGCUAUCUCGAACCUCGUACUGAAGGUACAGGGCGUGCUGGACAAUAUCGUGAUUGCACCGGGUGAUUUCACUAAAUGCCAGCUCGAAGAGGUCCGUCAGGUGGGCUCUUACAAGAAGGGCACGAUGAUGGCCGGCAACAACGUCGCCGAUAUUGUCAUCAUCCUCAAGUCCUUCCCGACGAAGGAUUGUGCCGAGGCGCUCGGGAAGAAAGUGGAAGAAAAUUUGCAAAAAUCAAUGCAAACGGAGGUGGUACCGACCGCCGAAGCCCUUUCGCUAUCGUACAGCGAGAAGGGAUUCGAAAUAUGGAACUCGUUGGCCAAGGUACGCUGCCUGAUAGCGACACUGCCGCAAAACAUGCGCAAACUGGAACCGGAGAAGCAUAUCGAUUUCAAGAUCAUACAGAGUCAUCUGGCGGCCAUCCGGCAUACGCGUUGGUUCGAGGAGAACGCCCAUCACUCGACGAUCAAGGUGUUGAUACGCAUUCUGAAAGAUCUGGCUCGACGCUUUGACGGUUUUAAACCACUUAAUCCGUGGAUCUGCGAUCUGCUAGCGCACUCGGCUAUCAUGAAUAAUCCAAGCCGACAGGCGCUGCCGGUGAAUGUGGCCUUCCGGCGCGUUUUCCAGUUGCUAGCGUCGGGCCUGUUUGUGCCCGGAUCCGCCGGUAUUACCGAUCCGUGUGAGGUGGGUCACUUUCGUGUGCACACCUCGAUGACGUUAGUCCAGCAGGACGAAUGCUGCAUGACGGCACAAACACUGGUACGUGUGUUGGCGCACGGUGGUUACAAGCAUAUCCUUGGUUUCGUGGAGAACACCACCGUAGCAAAGGAGAUGUCCGUCUGGGACGGUGUUGUGGUGUCACCGAUGGAUCCGGCAUAUGAAAAACCAUCGGAAAAGAAGGAAGGCGAAGGGGAUGAUGUCGACAUGGAGUGUGGCGACGAUGUGCUGGAUGAUGAACCAUUGGAAUAAAUAGUGUUUCUUUCUAAGUCAUA